CGUCAGAGAGCGGCAGAGGGAGAGAGAGGAGUCAGUCACGCAAAUCCUUUCACUUCACUCAAGCAUGUUGCGUUUUAGUUCGCAGGGACUUCUGCUCCCCAAAAACUGGAGACUGUCAGUUUACAAACGACUGUGCUGACUGCAAGACAGAAGCGUUUAAGUGUGAGCUAAAUGAAGCAGAGGAACAUGUCUGGUUGGGUUGGCUGUCCGUUGCUGCUGCUGCUGUUGGUGUGUCAAGUUCAGACCCAGGCAGAAAACCGGGUGGUUUUCCUGCCGGGGACAUUUCAGAACGUGAGCCUCUCGCAGAAUGAGACGGUGCAGGCCGUUGUGUCCAGGAUCUCUCCAGCGGUCGCUUUCAUCACUCUGCAGUUCCACACGCAGCACCGCAACGCCACACUGUCCUACACAAGGUUGCCAGGUGUGGGUCUGUCUCUGACGGCGGUGGACUCGGGGCUCCUGUCUGCUCUCGAGCCGAGCCAGACGUCCCUCACCUUGUUCCUGUCUUCGCCUGAUGAUGACACUGUGUCUGGCACCGGGGUCAUCCUCCCCUACUCCAGCACUGACCCUGUCCCUGGAGCCUGCAACACAGAGUUCAACCUGGACAUCGACCCAAACAUCUAUAUCCACUACAACCUCUAUGAGACAACGAUCCGUUUUGCACCGGCAAAUUUAGGAUAUGAGAGAGGUGGAACUCCUCCGGCCUGCGACCAAUCGAAAGCAACCAACACUCGCUGGCGGCUGCAGUAUGAUGUCUACCAGUACUUCCUUCCUGAGAACGACCUGUCAGAGCGCAGCUUGUUCAGUGGCAUUCAGGCUGCGGCCGACAUCCAAGGCGUGAUGACGAACGGCAGACGGGUCAUGAUGCUGCUGUCAACAGAUAUGACCAGGGUGGUGUUUAACUCCAUCCCCGGGCAGGGUGUCAUCUACUCGGUCAUCGUCAGAGACCCGCUGUUGAACACGUCGGCCUCCUACGUGCCCGUCCACACCUACGCCUGCAGCUUUACUUCCACUCUGGACGACUGUCACACACUCGGAAAAGUAUCUACCAAAAUCUUCUUCACCAUCGCUGGCUUGGCAGGGCUGUUUGUUUGCUUCUGUGGUCACCGGUUCUUCAAAUGUGAGCUGUUCUGUAUGGGUUUCAGCUUCGCAGCGUUUUUCUUCUUUGUCCUGAUCACUCGGACCACAGACCUGGGCUAUGACAUCCGUCUGGCCCUGUCAGCAGUGGUGGGCGUGGUGGGCGGAGUCGCCCUGGUGAUGAGCUGGUGGCGUUUCGGUUCAGUCAUGGCCUGUGUGGUCGUGGUUGGCCUGAUGCUCGGCUUCCUCAUCGCCUCUGUUGUCCUCUUCACUCCACUAGGUGACCUCGACAUUUUCAGGCGUUCAGAUUUGGUUUUCUGGGUGACGUUCUGCUGCAUUAUGAUCAUCGUUCCGCUCCUCUUCGUGCGUUGGCCCAGAGAGGGGAACAUCAUCACAUGCGGAGUUGUCGGUGCUUACGCUGUGGUUCUGGCCUUCAAUGCGUAUAUUUACACCAGCCUCUCCUACAUCACCCUGAACAUCCUCAAACGCUUACUCAACAACAACUUCAACGCAGCGUUCACAGACGUGCCGUUCCAGACCAUGGACUAUGUCAUGAUCACGGUGUGGGUGGUGCUGGGUGUGUGCGGCAUCGUCCUGCAGCUCUACCGCGAGCGUUCCCGGCCGUUCUUCCCGCCCAGCCCGUACCUCAUGUGGCUGCAGGAGCGAGAGCGUCGCAAGACCAACAUCCUGGACCCGAGCCACCACUUUCCCUCGCUGGCAAACCGCUUCCUGACGCGAGUGCGGCAGCUGACCAAGCGGGCGGAGCCAGCAGGAGAACACACACCACUGCUUCUGUAAACCCGGGACUCUCUAAUCACUGCUGUACGAAGGCGGGCUGCACUCAGAGCCGGACUCAGGACCAGAGGAAAAGACCCCUGUGAAGGAUUUUUGAACCGUGGAGACUCAAGCCGUCAAGGAAUCCAGAAAGACUCUUAUUACCUGGAGAAACAUUGAUCCUCAUUAAUGGUGCUGAGACUUCACUUCAUAUCAGCUGAUCAGUAGAAAUGAAACAUAAAUGACAAUGCAGACCUCAAAUAGAAAGGUUUUUGAUAACUAACACCACUUUUUAUGCGACAUUCUAAUGACAUUUUAACUGUGGUGUAGAACAACUGUCCUCGUUGUCUUUUUUAUGACUACAUUCUAGCUGGUUUGAUGCUUCCUGGUGUUGCUUCUGCUCAUUUUACUGUUUGCACUCAAGUUACAAACCACUAAUAAUGUAAUAAUGUACAAAGUGAGGCAUUUUAUCCCUGCUGACUGGGAUUAUUUCUACCAACACAAGUGUCACAGCAACGUGUUUGAUCUCUACAGUGCAUUAUGAAGCCCAGCUGGUUUUUAAAAAACUCAUCUUUGUAAAAUGGCCAGACUUCUGAGAUACAACACACUGAAUGCUCUCAAACCUAAAAGAUUUAGUUUAUGUGACGAUUUUGAGUCAUGCAGGUCACAAAUAAGCAUUUUUACACAAAAACAUAUUUCCUUUCGUGUUUAACUGUUGACUUGUGUACUCUUGAUUAGACUAAACUUCUAAAUGUUUUGUACUUUGCACACUGGAUUUUAAUGUAUUUAAUUUCUCUUCCUGUAAAGUUGCUGAUUGAUCUGUUUCAACUCGAGUGCCAUGACUUUUCUCAGGGUUUCACACUGAGCCUUUAGACAACUGAUGAAACUUUCUACUUAAAGCCUGUAAAUGUCUGUCAGUGUUGUAUUUAGCUACUGAACUUACUGAUCUUGUGGGUUUCAAAAAACAAUCUAAAACCAUAUAUGUAAAUGUGUUUCAAAAAAGAGGUAAUUUGUAAUAUAACAUCUUUUGAUAUUUAAUAAACGUCUACAGGUAAGACAUGUGA